UGAGAAGCGGGAUUGUUGUUACCCUGCAGCGCCUCCUCGGCUAGAUGCUACCCGGCAUGUUAGCUAACAUCAUGAGCCACUGACAGGGUUCCUAUUCAUGUGUCUGUGUUUUUUGUGACAGGCGAAUGAGACUGCAAGAGCUGCAAAUUCACGACGUGUUAAUUGUGCUGUUUUUGAUGUGAUCAUUUCUGAGCAAAGUUAGCUUUUAACUUAGCUUAACCAAAGCAGUGUUAGCCCUGUCCAUACUGGGAGUUCACUGCAGCGAAGAGAAGUUUCUGAAAGACGUUUUCACUGAGAAACAACACAAUGACCGACAGAGCCAACAAGGACAAGCCCAGGAGAAGUCUGUCAUUGUCCAAGAGCAAGAAGAAAGGUAAUGUCUCAGCCGGGACUCCUGCCAGUGCUGCCUCCUCCAUGACUCCAAUCACCUCAUUCUUCAACAGCCAGCCUCCCUCCAAGCUGGCCUGUCCCCUGUGUGGCCAGCUGGUACCACGAUUCAGGAUCAAUGAGCACAUCGAUUUGCAAUGUCAGAACUUUGACAGAGGAGACAGCAGUGCCACCUCAGCAAGUAAUAAUGUUGUACCAAGCACCCAGCUGUCACCCAGAAGGAAUCCUGCAAAGUCCCCAGAGCUGGAUCGAAACAAGGAAGAGGAGGUCAAAGAGACCAGCACCAGCCCUUACUUCAAAAAGGAUGACUUACAGCAGGCUCCACGUGAGAUAAACAGUAAAACCGUGGUCAGGACGAUUGACCUGGGAAGUCUCUCCGCCAAGAUAUCUAAAAAGUGCCAUGACCCACCUGAGAGGACACGAACGGAGGGUGAACAACUGGAAAAGGAGAGAGACCCUCCUGAGACUCUGGGCAGCUCGCAGAAAGAAAAUUUCCUGAGUCAGAGUUUAGAGGAAAACAAAGAUGGGAAAGUCAUUGACUUGACAGAAACCUGCGAUGAGACUCCAGCAGCAGAGGCAUAUCUAUCCUGUUCAGAAAAAGGACAUCAUCUUAAACAGAAAGAAACUAUGAAAUUUCCCAAACCAGAAACUUCCCCAAAACUAGUCACUCCAAAGUUGCAUGUUUCUUCCUCCAAACUCUCAAAGAGGAAAAAAACAACUUCCACUGGCAAGGUGUCUGCGUUCACUAAGAAAGCAAAAAUUGACAGGAGCAGGGAGUCGGAUGAGGUGUUGUCUAGUGAAAUAAAAGCUGAGAAAACUGAUACGGACCAAGAUAAAACUGUCGUGCAUUCCACAACGUCUGACCAUCCUCUGAGUUCAGAGGAGAUUUGUGAUUUAACUGCUGCACUCGUUAAUAGCGAUUCCCUGCCAGAAUUUGCUGAGCAGACCAUCAGCGACCAAGCUGUCAAGAGCCUUCAUCCACCAGAUCUUCCAUACUACCUCCGUAACUUCAGAACUGUUCUAGAGGCGGUGCUGGAGAAUGAAGACGAUAGAGCGUUGUUCAACCAGGAUGAUAUGUCACUCAUACACGCAUUUGAGAGGCUAUCAGUCAUGGGGCAGAAGCUGUAUGUGAGGCUCUUUCAGAGGAAGCUGAAGUGGCUUCAAGUUAAUAAACUGGAUUAUGAGCAGAUAUGCAGUGAUCUGGGACCUGUUGCUGAGGAGCUGGUUCAAAGUGGUUUUCUGCAGACAGAGAAUGAUCUUGAGGACCUCGGAGAGGCUCUGGAUCUGCUGCCCGCUCCUGAACUCAAAGUUCUGGCUAAGAGCUUCCAUCUGGGCAGUUCUGGGACGCAGAAACAGCAGCUUGUGGACGGGCUGCUUAAUCGGAGCAAACAAAAGUCAAUCUUCUCUAUGAGCCCUGCUCAAAACAUCAAGGCUGUCAUCCUCAAAAAGGCGAAACAGCUCGCAGGUUCCUGUGUACGCCUGUGUCGUGAUCCUCGCGCUGUUUUCUCCCGCAUCCUUCUGCUCUUCUCUCUGACGGACACCAUGGAUGAGGAGGAGACGGCAGCUAGCGGGCAGAGCCAGCUUUUUACCAUCCUGCUCGUCAACUCAGGACGUCUGGCCUUCCCAGACUACACAUUGCAACGUACCACCAAGGUUUUCCUGGACAGAGAGGACCUGAUUAGAUAUGAAGUAUCCAUGCGAUCCCUGCAAGAGGUAAACACAGCGAUGCAGACAGGUCAGUGGGAAGAGGCCCUAGAGCUUUACACUGCUGCCAAAAGUGCCUGGCAGGAGCUGAAGAAAAACCAUGACUUCAGUCAUCAGGAAGAGUUAGCUGUGUUCCUGCGCAGCUUCACUACAGGAUGGUCUUACACUCGGAUCUUAUCUAGAGGGGUGGAGAUCUUGCAGCGGCUACGUCAAUAUGAGGAAGCCGUAGAGGAGCUGCAGUCCUUACUGUCACAGUCUGUUUACUGUCCUGACAGCCGAGGGCGAUGGUGGGACCGACUGGCAUUAAACCUUCAGCAGCACCUCAAGAAACCUGAGCAGGCAAUAGAUGCUAUUAGAGAUGGGAUGACAGACACUCUGGUACGAACGGGACAUAAACUCUCCCUGCAUCAGAGAGCCGCUCGGAUGAAAGAGUCGGCCAGCUUCAAGAAGUAUCGCCGGCAACUCAGAGAUUUACCCACUAUUCAAGUCCAAGAUGUCAAACAUGUUACAAUCCGAGGACAGCUGUUUCCUCAUGAGGGAGGCAUGGGCAAAUCUAGGUUUCUUUUACAUACAAAUGGAGAGGGGGAAGACAGCCACGACGCCACUGUGAUAUGUUCUGUGGAAGAGCUGUGUUUAGCACAUUACCGCCAACAAGGAUUUGACCAAGGGAUCCAUGGUGAGGGUUCGACUUUCUCUACAUUGUUUGCUCUUCUAAUGUGGGACGUCAUUUUUAUGGAAGGAAUUCCAGAUGUUUUCCGAAACCCAUACCAGACAUGUCCACUGGAUCUUUACACCGACUGUUUCUAUGAGAACAGGAAGGAGGCGAUUGAUUCUCGUGUUCAGUUACUCAGUGAGGCGUCUGUGGAGACGCUACAUACCAUGAUGGAGGAUGUCUGGACCUCACAGGAGGGUAAAGUGUGUUCCCUGGUCAACUGGGAGCUUUUCUCAUCUCUUCAACAUGCACAGUCCCUGGUGUCUUGCCUCGGUGGAGCCUUCUUAGGAGGAGUAACAGCAAGAAUGUCAAAAGACUACAGACACUGUCGCGCAGGUUUGCCUGAUCUGGUGGUGUGGAACACCUCAGUAAACACCUGCAAGCUGGUGGAGGUGAAGGGGCCCACUGACCGGCUGUCCCAGAAACAACAGAUCUGGCUGGAUGAGCUGCAGAAACUGGGGGCCGAUGUAGAAGUGUGUCACGUGGAAGCUUGUGGAGCCCGAGGAGCUCGUCUAGAAUAAAAACACAGAAGGAAUGACUGAAGAGAUUAAAUGGAAACAUGAGCAGAAAGACUGAAAUAAACAUGAUUUGGGUGCUGAUUCUGAUGUUUAUCUUCCAAAUACAACAACUUUAAUCCUA